CUCCUGUGCUAGUCUGUCAAAAAAUGCCCUCAGGGAAAGGCAGAGACAAAUCCAGCAUUCAGUGUUUGGAGUGUUUUGGUAAAAACCUCUAUAUUGGGACCAAAGAGGGAGUCGUCGAGUACCUCACUGUAAAUAGCGUGAGUGGUGAAGAAAGCCUUUCAGUGCGGGAGGUGGGGAAGAGACAGAUGGGCCGAAGCGGAGCAAUCAGCCAGCUGACGGCAGGUCCCUGUUCUGAACCACCUCUUAGUUCUCUGGGAUGGUUCGGUCACGGUGCUCAACAUGUUCUCCCUGGAACCUAUUCCUGCCCUGAAGAAAAUCCAGAAUGUGUCACUCUUCUGUGUCCGUGAGUCAGCGGCUCAGACUGAUUCCGUGGAGCUCAUUGCAGCUUCGACCAAGAGGAAAAUAGUGAGCGUUUAUAAGGUGUGUGUGGACAGAUGGGAGUGUGUAAGGCAGGUGGCUCUGCCGCAGGAGCCUGUGGCUCUGGCUGCGCAUGGGACAUGUCUGUGUGUGGCCACUUGUGACAGAUAUUUUCUCCAUGAUUAUCAUAGCCAAACCACCCUAGAUCUUUUCCCACAUAACCUGGCAAAACAAAAUAUCAUUGCCAACAAAUAUGGAAAAGGAGAAUUCAUUUUAAAUGGGCCUGGAAGUUUGGGUAAGAAUUUUCCCUAAUCUUAUAUUGGUCAAACACAAAAGAGUUAAAAAAAUAUAUAAACUCAAACAUUUAUCAUUACAUUUUUCCAAGACCAAAUGAUCUUAGCUGUUAUGCACCUUAAUUUUGUUUUUAGCAAUUAUAUAGCUGUAUUUAAAUUUAUUUCUGUUUUUAUACCCUUUUAUUUUCAAUUAUUUAGUCUAAAGGCAUUUUAGAAUAAAUAACUCAUACUACUUAAUUGACACAUAACUGAAUAACAACUUCUGAAUAAUUAAUUUUUUUAUAAUUUAAUGAAUGUAAAAAAAACUUGACACACUUGACACAUUGAGAGCUAAUUAUUGUGCAAAUUAAUUAUUUGCUUUAACAGUAGCCUAUAUGUUACGCAGGCAUGUUUGUGAUGAAGAAUGGUACUUCCCAGCAUCCUCCUGUACAGUGGCCUGAUGGAGUGGUGGACGCUGCAGUGCAUUUCCCAUAUGUGCUAGUUCUACAGAAUCAGACUGUUCAUAUCUACAGCAUUCUGGACCAACAGCUGAAGCAAACUGUACCUUUACAAAGUGCCAAAUCUCUCAUCUCAACAGAAGAAAGUGUUUUCGUUGUUGCUGACAAAGAGAUUCAUCGGCUGUCACCAGUUCCGCUGGAGGAUCAGAUUCAAGAGCUGGUUAAGAGACAGAGAGUUGAUGAAGCCCUGACGCUGCUGGACAGGGUUCAAGAUCUCUUGCCAAUGGAUUCCUAUAAGGAUCUACAUAAAAAUGUCAUCUGCACAUCUGGAAUGAUAAAGUUCUACAGAGAGGCUUUUGUGGAAGCAAAAGAGCUUUUUAUUAAAGGUGAACUAGACCCAAGGGAAAUCAUUAGCCUUUAUCCAGCUAUGCCUGUUGUGAGUGAAGACUUUACACCUCAGACAACAGCAGUCAGCAAUGCCAAGGACCUGUGGAUGUUAAGUCGAGACGACUGGCCGACAUUUCAGCAAUACUUAAGCUUUUUGGAUGAUUUCUUGAGAGAAGUCAGGCCAACAGGACAGGGCCAAAUGUGUCCGCAGGACAUUGACUCUACACUUUUUAAGCUGUAUUUGGAACAAGGGGAAUAUGGAAAACUGGACCAGCUUGUGUCUUCACAGAAUAACUGUAACCUCCAAAUGUGUGUGCCUGACUUGGAGCAGCACAAAAGGUUUUUCACACUUGGAUUGCUCUAUGAAAGCCAAGGCCAGCAUGUCAAAGCAAUUCAGACCUGGGUUAAAAUUGUGGAGGAUGAGAGCGAAGACCCCUCAGACAUCAAUGUAUUCCAGCAUAUAGUUAAUACUCUCUCAAAUCUGAAACACAAACCCAUCGUCUUGAAGUUUGUAGAUUGGGUUCUUCAGAGAGAGCAAGAGGCUGGAAUACUGAUCUUUACAAAGAUGCAUGCAAGCAGCCACAUUAUAUUUGCACCAGAAGAAGUCCUUACCAUUCUCACCAACUACUCAGUUGCCACGAUUCUUUACUUGGAAUUUUUAGUCAAUGAAUUACACAGCAAGGAGGAAAAGCAUCAUACCAUGCUCAUCACAUCAUACAUCAAAUGGAUACUGCAGUCAAUCGAGGGUGACUGUAAUGAAACAAGCAGGGAAGAGAUGAGACAUAAACUACAGAAGUUACUCUGGCAGUCUUCUUUCUAUAAUGCUGAUACUAUAUAUGACCAAAUAACAUCCUCGUUUCUUCAUGUGGAGAAAGCAAUUUUGCUUGGGAAAUCUGGUAAACACAAAAAGGCCCUGCAGGUUUUGGUCUAUGAAGAAAAAGACCAGCAGGCUGCUGAAAGCUACUGUUGGAGGACCUCUGCUGGACGAGACAGGAAGUUCACACAGGAAAUGUUCCUCACCCUGCUUCAAAUCUACCUCGAGUCCACUCAUCAUGUGAUCGCAGCAGUGGACCUGCUGAACAAAAAUGCAGCAUCUUUUGAUUUAGUCAGUGUGUUGAGGGUGCUGCCGGGCUCCUGGUCUAUGAAACUGGUGUUGCGGUUCCUUUCUGAAUCACUGAGAGGAACGGUGCAUGACAAAAGAAUGAGAGGUCUGGAGAUGAGCCUAGCCAAGGUGGAAACUCUAAGACACAAGCAUGCCUGGGUGGAAGCAACGCAUGAAAAAAUCCGAGUUGACAGAGGAUGUGUUUGCUAUUCCUGCCAGAAACGUCUUACAGGGCCUGAGUUCCUGCGCAGGCCGACUGGAGAGCUGACACACAUAUCCUGUCAUGGUGGUGAAAACGGUCAAUGAAUAACAGAGACACUAUUAUUCACACCUAUUCCCAUUUACACUACAUUUAUACUCCUAGCAGAUGCUGUCUUACUAGGUUGCGUACAAUAAAGACUGUAAUUACUUGGACAGCAAGGCAAUUACUAGGACAAAUUGCUGAGAAUAUAUGACACAUGCAAAGCUAGCCAGAAACACCAACUGGAAACCACAACAACUGUACAAAUAUACUUGUACUACACAAUAUAGCUGGGAUGAUACUGUUAAAUUUAAUAAAUACCUGUAUAGGACAGAUGACAAUGUGCACAAAUCAUUUGUAUUAUUAUAUAAGUAUCAAUAUAUAAUAUUAUUGCAAUUUAAAAUACCAUUUUUUUAUUUUAAAGUUGUCUAUUUCAAUAGAUUUUAUGGUGUAGUUUAUUCCUGUGAUUGCAAAGCUGAAUUUUCAGCAUCAUUACUCCAGUUUUUAGUGUCACAUGAUCCUUCUGAAAUCAUUCUAAUAUGCUAAACAUUUCUUAUUAUUCUUAAUGAUGAAAACAGUUGUGCUGCUUAAUAUGUUUGAGGAUUCUAUGAUAAUUUUUUCAGGAUUCUUUGAUUAAUAGAAAGUUCAAAAGAACAGCAUUUAUUUAAAAUAAAUCUUUUGUAACAUUAUAAAUGGCUUUACUGUCACUUUUGAUCAAUUUAAUGCAUCCUUGCUGAAUCAAAGUAUUAAUAUCAAAUUUCAUAUAAAAUCAUUUUAGCAUUAAUGUUUUUUGUUUGGUUUUUGAAAUAUGUACUUUCUCUGCAAAUAACAGACAUACAAUUCAAGUGCAAGCCAAAGCCUUGGCAUGCCAGUAUAAAUAAUAAUAAACUAUUCUUUUCAACCAUGUUCA